AUGCCGCUCCCGGUUUCGUCUGUGGGUUUCUCCAACCUGCUCAAUCCUCAAUCCCCUGAUUCUAUUCAAUCUCCCGUGGACUCGGAUUCACCAAUGUCCUCUGUCAGUCUACUACCGCCCCUCAUGAAGGGUGCCCGUCCCGUCACUGAGGAGGUGAGGCAGGAUCUACCUCGUCCCUACAAGUGUCCUCUUUGCGACCGUGCCUUCCACCGUUUGGAACAUCAGACUCGCCAUAUUCGGACACAUACUGGCGAGAAGCCUCAUGCCUGCCAGUUCCCUGGCUGCACUAAGCGAUUCAGCCGCUCCGACGAACUGACUCGCCAUUCGCGCAUUCACAACAACCCCAACUCGCGUCGCAGUAACAAGGCUCAACAUCUUGCUGCGGCCGCGGCCGCAGCUGCGAGCCAGGAUGUCGCCAUGGCAAACGCUGCCAACAUGAUGCCUCCUCCCAGUAAACCAAUUACUCGCUCUGCGCCGGUUUCGCAAGUCGGCUCCCCAGAUGUCUCUCCCCCGCACUCGUUCUCCAACUAUGCCAACCACAUGCGCUCAAAUCUGGGACCCUACUCGCGCAACACUGAUCGCGCCUCAUCAGGUAUGGAUAUCAACUUACUUGCGACCGCCGCCUCGCAGGUCGAGCGGGAUGAUUACAUGGGUUUCCACGGAUCACGACUUUCCAUGUACGGAUCACGUCAUCAUAACGGCCGGGGUCUUCCAUCGCUCUCAGCCUACGCUAUCUCACGAGGUCAUGCAGAGGAAGAGGACCCUUAUGCCCACCACCGUGUGAAGCGCUCGCGCCCCAAUUCCCCCAACUCAACCGCCCCUUCCUCCCCCACAUUUUCACACGACUCUCUUUCUCCUACCCCCGACCACACUCCCCUGGCUACUCCAGCUCACUCUCCCCGUCUACGUCCUCUUGGACCCAAUGAGCUGCAUCUCCCUUCGAUCCGCCACCUUACCCUUCAGCACACUCCCGCUUUAGCACCAAUGGAGCCUCAGCCCGAGGGUCCUAAUUACUACAGCCCUGGCCAAGGUAAAAUGGGCCCCAGUAUCACCGACAUCAUGUCAAAACCCGACGGAACACAACGCAAACUGCCUGUGCCGCAGGUGCCAAAAGUCGCAGUCCAGGACAUGUUAAAUCCGCCCGGCGGCUUCUCUUCCCUUCCUUCAUCCGCUGCCACUUCCGUUGCUGGUGGUGACCUGGUAGAUCGCUUCUAG